CACCAGGAUGGAGGCACCUUGUCCUCCGCAGCAUGUCUACAAAUAAAAUCAAAUAAUUCAACUUUUCUUGCUCUCCAUCCCUUAGCAUCCACUCUUUAUUCUUCAUUUCAUUCCACUGGAAGGGUGUCACCUUUUGGAGCGGUAGAAGGCUUCCAGGAAUGGAGUCAAUGACCGGACGAGAAUCCAGCUCCUCCCCGAGUCCCAAGCAGGACGCAGCAGGCCACCCAGGCCCCCUGAAACCGAACCAAGUGAGCGAGACCUCCCUGUACGGAGUGCCCAUCGUGUCCCUGGUGAUAGACGGGAGGGAGAGGCUGUGCCUGGCCCAGAUCUCCAACACCCUGCUGAAGAACUACAGCUACAACGAGAUCCACAACCGCAGGGUGGCCCUGGGCAUCACCUGCGUGCAGUGUACUCCCGUCCAGCUGGAGCUCCUGAGGCGCGCGGGGGCCAUGCCCAUCUCGUCCAGACGCUGCGGUAUGAUCACCAAGCGGGAGGCCGAGAGGCUGUGCAAGUCCUUCCUGGGGGCGCACAGCCCCCCCAAGCUGCCGGAGAACUUCGCCUUCGACGUGUCCCACGAGUGUGCGUGGGGGUGCAGGGGCAGCUUCAUCCCGGCCCGCUACAACAGCUCCCGCGCCAAGUGCAUCAAGUGCAGCUUUUGCAGCAUGUAUUUCUCCCCCAACAAGUUCAUCUUCCACUCGCACCGCACGCCGGAGUCCAAGUACAUGCAGCCGGACGCCGCCAACUUCAACUCGUGGAGACGCCAUCUCAAACUGACGGAGAAAAAACCCUCGGAGGACAUCAACCACGCGUGGGAGGACGUCAAGGCCAUGUUCAACGGGGGCAGCAGAAAGAGGACACUUCCUGUGGAAGGGCCCCUAAAAGCGCAGGCUUCAUCCGCCCUCGGCCGCGCCGCGUCCCCGGAAGUGGCGCACAAACGUUUGCGCUGCGGCGACGACGACCAUGGCACGCCGAACCCGACUUUGGCGAGCAGCGCACGGAGCUACCCGCUCAUUCCGGUGCCGAGUAAGAACUUUGGCAUGCUCCAAAAAAUCCCCCCGCCGUUGUUCCCGCACCCCCCGUACGGCUUCGCUGGCUACGGCCUGUGUCCCAAAAAGAGCGACGGCGUUCCGGAUGUGAGCAAAGCAAACGUCCCCGGUGUGUACUGGCCCGCCACCAAGGACGCCAUCUACCCUGCCUUCCCCGUGUUUUGGCCCGCAGCUGGCGGCCUUCCUAUGCCCCCCUACCCGAAACCUCUGGAGGUGCCAGGGCCGGACCUAUCAGACCAAAGCGAACGGGGUGCAAACACCCCCAAAGACCACCAGCAGGACCAUGCAGGAUCCAGCAACAGGAACGACGAUGACAAGUCAGGGGGAGAGACCCCCCACAGGAAGACGGGCUACAUCUCGGCCUUCAGGCCUGUCGUCAAGGACGCGGAAAGUAUCGCCAAGCUCUACGGGAGCCGAGACGUCUACGCGGUGCGGCCCGGGUACUUGUCCCCGGACUUUAUCAGCGAGACCUCCAGCUACAGGUCCAUAUCCCCGGACAGAGACACGGUGGAAGACGACGACGACGACCCGGACGUGGAUGUGGAGUCCAAUCGGGGACAGGAGGACGAGGAGCCGAUCCGGGAGCAGCUUGCACCUUGCAGCCCCGCUGCAGCAUCGCCGCGGGACUCGGUGCACACGGCAUCUGAGGAGGAGGACACGCUGACCCGGGAUUCAUCCCCUCACCAUCAGGUGUACGCGCAUGAAAAGGUGGUGGAGACGUUUGAGUCGUCAAGCUGCAGCCCCUGCAGAUCAGAAGGUGUGCAGCACGUGUCUGAACCACAACGAAACAUCACACCUCAUCAGGAGCAAAAGGACAGACAAGCCGAUGGAGCUUUACGCAUCGAUAUUAGCCUGCAUGAACGAGAUCUGGAGAACAUGGCAAAAGAGGAGCUGCAGAAGCAACUUGUGGAGCAGAUGGAGCUGAGGAAAAAGCUGGAGCGAGAAUUUCAACAUUUAAAAGAUAAUUUUCAGGAUCAAAUGAAGCGUGAGCUGUCCUACAGAGAGGAAAUGGUCCAGCAGCUGCAGAUUGUUCGAGGUUGGUCUCUCUCCACUUUGGAAACACGCUCUUUCAAAGACGGCACCAUGACAGCACCGAGCAAAAGUCACAAACACUGUGUUUGAUUUUGCCUUGAAACGCCACCAAAGCGGAGAAGCUCACGACGCCCUUCAUCACUUCUCCUGCAAGAUGUUGACCCCUCGUCAGUGUAGCGGAGCCUGCACCUUUAAACCCCCGCUGCUGCCUCCUUGAAGCCCUCACACACACACACACACACACACACACACACACACACACACACACCACACACACCUCCACUGUGUAGACCAGGAGUGUCCAAACUUCUCCCAGCGAGGGCCACACACCGAAAAAUGGACCGAUGCUGGGGGUCACUUUGAUACAUUUUGUACACGAAAGAUGCUCAAACCAAUCCCAUGCAAGUCAAUGUAUGCUAAGCUAUCUGACCAAGCAAAUGAGUGUAAUAUGUAAUAAUAUCGCUCAUUAGGAAUGAAUUCAUUUUAUUUUUACAUUAUGCCAGGGGCCGCUAAAAAAGGCCCCCGUGCCACACUUUGGACACCCCUGGUGUAGCCACACUGGUCAUUCCAGCACUUGAGUACACUACACAACACAACAAAAGAAGCCUGGAUUUAUGUCAAGGUUGUUUUCAAGGCACCCAGAGUCCUUACGUGAGACAUGAACAGAAACGUCUCUCUUUUCUGAGCGCUCUAAAGAGAGAAAAACAGCUGGCGUGUGGGAGCUGACAACGCACGUAACGGGACACACCUAUUUUGACUAUAAAACCCUAAAAAAACAAGCUACAGCGACAUUGUUGUUGUAGCAGCUAACACGAAGAACUAUUUUUCUGGUGGAGUGACACAGCGCCUCACGCCACUACCGCCAUUCCAAACACAACACAACUGAACACAAAAUGCAGUUUUUAUAUGAAACUUUUUAUUACUAAGGGAGGGAAAAAAUCCAAACCUACAUGUCCCUGUGUGAAAAAGUGAUUGCCCCCUAAACCUAAUAACUGGUUGGGCCACCCUUAGCAGCAACAACUGCAAUCAAGCGUUUGUGAUAACUUGCAAUGAGUCUCUUACAGCGCUGUGGAGGAAUUUUGCAGAAUUGUUGUCAUUCAGCCACAUUGGAAGGUUUUCCAGCAUGAAGCGCCUUUUUAAGGUCAUGCCACAGCAUCUCAAUAGGAUUCAGGUCAGGACUUGGACUAGGCCACUACAAAGUCUUCAUUUUGUUUUUCUUCAGCCAUUCAGAGGUGGACUUGCUGGUGUGUUUUGGAUCAUUGUCCUGCUGCAGAACCCAAGUUGGUCUCAGCUUGAGGUCACCAACAGAUGGCCGCACAUUCUCCUUCAGGAUGUUUUGGUAGACUGCAGAAUUUAUGGUUCCAUUUAUCAUAGCAAGUCUUCCAGGGCCUGAAGCAGCACAGCCCCAGACCAUCACACUACCACCACCAUAGUUUACUGUUGCUAUAAUGUUCUUUUUCUGAAAUGCGGCGUUACUUUUACACCAGAUGUAAAAGAAGAUGGCCGCACAUUCUCCUUCAGGAUUUUUUGGUAGACUGCAGAAUUUAUGGUUCCAUUUAUCACAGCACGUCUUCCAGGGCCUGAAGCAGCACAGCCCCAGACCAUCACACUACCACCACCAUAUUUUACUGUUGCUAUAAUGUUCUUUUUCUGAAAUGCGGCGUUACUUUUACACCAGAUGUAAUGGGACGCACACCUUCCAAAAAAAUAUUUUGUCUCGUCAGACCACAGAGUAUUUUCCCAAAGGUCUUGGGGAUCAUCAAGAUGUUUUCUGGCAAAAUUGAGACGAGCCUUAAUGUUAUUUUUGUUCAGCAGUGGUUUUGGUCUUGGAACUCUGCCAUGCAGGCCGUUUUUGUCCAGUGUCUUUCUUAUGGUGGACUCAUGAACACUGACCUUAAAAGAGGUAAGUGAGGCCUGCAGCUCUUUGGAGGUUGUUGUGGGGUCUUUGGUGACCUCUUGGAUGAGUCGUCGCUGCUCUCUUGGGGUCAUUUUGGUUGGCCAGCGACUCAUGGAAAGGUUCACCACUGUUCCAUGUUUUGGCCAUUUGUGGAUAAUGGCUCUCACUGUGGUUCGCUGGAGUCCCAAAGCCUUAGAAAUGGCUUAUAACCUUUUCCACACUGAUAGAUCUCAAUUAAUCUCAGUUAAGUUAUGUUUCCUCCACAGCGCUGUAAGAGACU